AUUAAAGGAAACGGUUGAGUAUUUGGAGUUAAUGGUUUUGAUUUUGUGUAUUAAAUUCUAAAAUAAAGAGCCGAUUACUGCAUUAUAGAUAGAAACAACAUGAGACAAGAAAGCAGACAUCCUCUUUCUACAAGUCCAAUUCGCCUAGAUCAUCAAAGAACUACGGAGGACAUUACCAAUCAGGGCCGGUACUUGCUAAACACAUUUAUUUAUGAACGCAUGGUCCAAGAUGGCAUACAAAACGUACCAGCACUAGAUGAGCUGCAGGAACCGGGCACUCCGACUGGUCCACCAAUGCAGCAUGUUACAGAAAUAGCAAGAGCUCUUCGUUGUAUAGGAGAUCAGCUUGAUGGUGAUGUCAGACUUCAGAAUGCAAUUAAUCGAGUGGCGCCUGAUGCUUCUCGGAGCACAUUGAUGAAUGUAGCCCAACAGAUUUUCGCUGAUGGUAUAUUUAACUGGGGAAGAGUCACAGCUUUGUUUUAUCUUGCAUAUAAACUAGCUGUUAAGGCAUUAGACAGAAUCCCUCUUAUACGAGCAACUAUCAAUGUGAUUGUUGACUUCAUCCGAGACAAGGUAGCGCGGUGGAUUAUCGAAAGAGGAGGCUGGGAAGCUAUAGUAGAAUAUUUUGGAACCCCAGCUAAGCAGGUGAUGUUGGUAUUUGGCGCAGGUGUUGUACUUAGCAUUGGAAUUUACCUCUGGAAAGGAAUCCAAAGUUAACAUGAUGUGUUGUAUUACCAGAGUGUGUAGGGAAUUAUCAAAUACUCAUGUGUAUAUAAAACGGGAAUGUGUAGGCAGUUAAGAGUUAACAUGAAAUGAUAUGUAAGCUGAUAGUUAUUUGUUAACUUGGGAGUCCUGUCUUACUUGACUGAAUGUAGUGAACGAAGGUUUAACACAGUUUGUGAACUGAUAGUGUAUUAAGAGUGAACAUGGAGUUUGUCUUAACUGCCAGUGAUUGGGCACUUGACAGUGUGGUGUUAACUGACAGUGUUUUACACUUUGUGUGUGUGUUUGGUAAUUGUGUGUGAACUGCUUGCAUACAUUGCAUAAUCAUCAUACCCUUACAAACAAGUCUGUACUUAUCACCUUUUUAACAGAAUAAUUUCUUAAACACAUUUCUAAAGCAUUGUGCAGUUGGUGUGCAAUGAGACCGUGUUACAACGACCAUUUGUUACUGGGCCACUUUGUUUAUCAUUGUACAAAAUUUGUCAGGAGUUAUUGUUCUUACCUAAAUGACAUACCGGCUUUGGUGGCGUCGUGGUUAAGCCAUCGGACAUAAGGCUGGUAGGUACAGGGUUCGCAGCCCAAUACCAGCUCCCACCCAGAGAGAGUUUUAACAACUCUGUGGGUAGGUGUAAGACCACUACACCC